AGUUGUCAGCCUAAGGCACCUCACACACUCUCACACACACUCACACACCCACACCCACUCCCUCCUCCAGCCCCACCGCCCCCGUCAUGGCCGCGUCCACCCUGUCCGUCUGCUCCAGCGACCUGAGCUACGGCAGCCGCGUCUGCCUGCCCGGAUCCUCGGACUCCUGCCCCGACCCCUCCUGGCAGGUGGACGACUGCCCAGAGAGCUGCUGCGAGCCCCCGUGCUGCGCCCCCGCCCCCUGCCUGACCCUCCUGUGCGGCCCCUCCUCCCCCUGCCAGGGAGACUGCUGCACCCUGCGUCCCGUCUGCUGCACCCCUGUGUGCUGCAAGCCCGUGUGCUGCACCCCUGUGUGCUGCGAGGACUCCCCCUGCACAACCUCUUCAUGCUGCCAGCCAUCCUGUUGCACCUCCUCCCCCUGCCAGGGAGACUGCUGCACCCCUGUGUGCUGCAAGCCCGUCUGCUGCACCCCUGUCUGCUGCAAGCCCGUCUGCUGCACCCCUGUGUGCUGCAAGCCCGUCUGCUGCACCCCUGUCUGCUGCGAGGACUCCCCCUGCUCAGGCCCCUCCUGCUGCCAGCCCAGCCCCUGCUGCAGGCCCUCCUCCUGCGUGUCCCUGCUCUGCCGCCCCGUGUGCAGGCCCACCUGCUGCACCCCUGUCUUCUGCAAGCCCGUCUGCUGCACCCCUGUCUGCUGCAAGCCCGUCUGCUGCACCCCUGUGUGCUGCGAGGACUCCCCCUGCUCAGGCCCCUCCUGCUGCCAGCCCAGCCCCUGCUGCAGACCCUCCUCCAGUGUAUCCCUGCUCUGCCGCCCCGUGUGCCCCCGGCCCACCUGCUGCGCCCCUGCCUCCUCCUGCUGCCGCCCGGCCUCCUGCGUGUCCCUGCUCUGCCGCCCCACGUGCCCCUGCCCUGCCUGCUGCGGCCCCGCCUCAGGCCAGUCCUGCUGCUGAUGGGCACGUCCCCCCAGGGCCAUCCGGGCUCAGGUCCCACCUGGUGACUGUGGUCCUCUUGGCCACCCUUCAGUCAGUCCUGACCUGUGUUAGGUGGCUGCCCCCACCCAGGACGGGGUCCCCCAUGUGUCCACUCUCCUGACCUGACCUUGACCUCCUGCCUCCCAGGAACGCUGACCCCAUGGCUUCCCGGGACUUCUGCUCCAGGAGGCACCUGCACCUGUUCUGGGUCACCUGUCCUUCCCUCCCCCUUUCUCCGCUUGGGUCACUUGGCUUUGACUCCUAACCUGUCAG